UUGCGGAGGAUUAUAUCCAGUCGAUAACAAGGCAUGGCAUACCUCUUCGACACACCUCUGCAAAUUGCAUUCUUUUGAAUCCAUCCAUUAUCUUUUGUCACGCCAAAAACAUUUCAAAGAAAAAUAAAAAAUUAAAAGAGAAUAAAGGAGGAAAAGUCAGAGAAAGACAGAGACAGAGAUUAUUCAGAAAUUAGUUGAAGCAAUGGAGAACCUGAUGAUUCCUAGUACUUCAAAACCUCCUGUAAUAAUCCCGACAAAACAUGAAAAUUUAUCUGAAUUUUCUCAAACCCCAAGGAAACUCAAAUUUUCUAAAACCAAAACCAUCAAAGACCAAAAAAUUAACGACAACCAUUUAAACUAUCUUUCACGAAACGGCCGCCUAACUGAAGCUAUAACCGCUCUUGAUUCAGUUGCCCAAAAUGGGUCCCAGGUAAGACCCAACACCUUCAUUAAUCUACUUCAAGCUUGUAUUGAUUUUGGUUCUCUAGAACUUGGUCGCAAACUCCAUGCCCGAAUCCAUUUAGUUAAAGAAAGUGACCGGUUCGUUGAAACCAAGCUUGUUAGCAUGUAUGCAAAAUGUGGGUCUUUUUUUGAUGCUCGUAAAGUGUUUGAUAAAAUGAAUGAAAGGAAUUUGUACACUUGGUCUGCUAUGAUUGGUGCAUGCUCCAGAGAGUCGAGAUGGAAAGAAGUUGUGAAACUUUUCUUUUUGAUGUUGAAAGAUGGUGUUUUGCCUGAUGAAUUUUUGUUUCCGAAAAUUUUGCAAGCUUGUGCUAAUUGUGGGGAUGUUAGGACUGGGAGAUUGUUGCAUUCUUUAGUAAUUAGAUUGGGGAUGGUUUGUUUUACGCGAGUUAGUAAUUCGGUUUUAGCUGUGUAUGCAAAGUGUGGGAAUUUGAGUUCUGCGAGGAGGUUUUUUGAGAACAUGGAUGAGAGGGAUAGAGUGGCUUGGAAUUCAAUGAUUUUGGCGUAUUCUCAGAAGGGUGAGAAUGAUGAAGCUUAUAGGUUGUUUAAUGGGAUGUGGGAAGAUGGAAUCAGCCCUUGUAUUAUUACAUGGAAUAUAUUGAUUAAUGGUUAUAAUCAGUCGGGGCAAUGUGAUGUGGCAAUGGGAUUGAUGAAGGAGAUGGAGAGUUCUAGGAUAAGUCCCGAUGUGUUUACUUGGACAUCAUUGAUCUCGGGGCUUGCUCAAAAUGGUAGGAAUUGGCGGGCAUUGUGUUUGUUUAAGGAGAUGAUAUUGGCUGGGAUCAAGCCUAAUGGUGUUACUAUCACUAGUGCAGUUUCUGCUUGCGCAUCCUUGAGAGUAUUAAAGAUGGGGCUGGAAAUGCAUUCUGUUGCUCUUAAGAUGGGUAUAAUUGAUAAUGUACUUGUUGGGAACUCCCUUAUUGACAUGUAUGCUAAAUGUGGGGAACUGGAAGCUGCAAGGCAAGUCUUUGAUAAGAUUGAAGAGAAAGAUUUUUAUUCUUGGAACUCAAUGGUUGCAGGAUAUUGCCAAGCUGGGUACUGUGGGAAGGCUCAUGAACUCUUUAUGAAAAUGCAAGAAUCAGAAGUGAAGCCUAAUGUCAUUACAUGGAAUACAAUGAUCUCAGGAUACAUACGAAAUGGAGAUGAAGAUCGAGCUAUGGAUCUUUUUCAACGGAUGGAAUGGGAAGGAAGGAUAAGGAGAAAUACAGCAUCUUGGAAUGCUCUUAUUGCUGGUUAUGUGCAACUUGGGGCAAUAGACAAGGCAUUUGGAGUUUUUCGGCAAAUGCAAUCAUGCUCCAUUAGUCCAAAUUCGGUGACUAUAUUGAGUAUCCUGCCUGGUUGUGCCAAUUUAAUUGCUGCCAAAAAGGUCAAAGAGAUCCAUGGCUGUGUUUUGCGUCGGAAUUUAGAGUUUGUACUCUCUAUUUCAAAUUCUCUGAUAGACACUUAUGCCAAGUCAGGUAAUAUAUUAUAUUCUAGAAUCAUAUUUGAUGGAAUGUCAACUCAAGAUAUUAUUUCCUGGAACUCAAUAAUAGGAGGUUAUGUCUUGCAUGGUUGUUCUGAUGCUGCCCUGGAUCUUUUCAAUCAGAUGAGAAAGUUGGGACUUAAACAUAAUAGAGGUACCUUUUUGAGUAUUAUCCUUGCACAUGGUAUUGCCAAAAAGGUAGAUGAGGGAAAGCACAUUUUUUCUAGCAUCAGUGGUAACUAUGAGAUUAUACCAGCCAUAGAACAUUACUCAGCUAUGAUAGAUCUCUAUGGCCGCUCUGGUCAGCUUGGGGAAGCAAUGGAGUUUAUUGAAGAUAUGCCGAUAGAACCUGACUCCUCUGUUUGGACUUCCUUGCUAACUGCCUCUAGGAUUCAUAAGGAUAUUGCUUUGGCCGUCCUUGCAGGGGAACAGUUACUUGACUUGGAACCAGGAAAUAUUGUGGUUAACCAAUUAAUGUUUCAGAUAUAUUCCUUGUGUGGGAAAUUGGAUGACUCUUCAAAAGUGAGAAAGCUUGAAAAAGAGAACACAUUAAGAAGAUCUCUUGGGCACAGCUGGAUUGAAGUUAGAAAUACAGUGCAUACAUUUGUUACUGGUGAUCAGUCUAAGCCGUGCUCAAGCCUUUUGUAUUCAUGGGUGCAAAGCAUAGCUAGAGAAGUGAACAUAGAUGAUAAUCAUGGUGAGUUUUUCAUUGAAGAAGAAGAGAAAGAGGAAAUUGGUGGCGUCCAUAGUGAAAAAAUUGCAUUAGCUUUUGCCUUAAUUGGCUCACUUUCAUCCCCUCAAAGUAUAAGGAUUGUUAAAAACUCUAGAAUGUGUAGGAACUGCCAUUUAACUGCUAAGUAUAUCUCCUUGAAAUUUGGGUGUGAGAUAUAUCUGAGUGAUACAAAGUGCUUCCAUCGUUUUAAGAAUGGACACUGUUCUUGUGGAGAUUAUUGGUAGAGUACAUAUGCUGGAAAUAAUAAUUAUUUGCAUAGAUUCGUCUUCUAAAAAAGCACAGGAACUCCCUUGGAAACUAUAACAAUGUCUCUUCUCUGUGCUCGAGCACACAGCUUUCUCAAGAAGCCAUAAGCUGAUGAUCAAUGGAACGCUGGCCAGUGGAGAAUUCAAUUUAUUUCACUCAGGAGUGGCUGACAAUGAGAUAUUCUUCUAUCCCAUCCACGUCCCUUCUAUUGGCAGUAUUACUUUUGCAGAAAUUUCAGGAUCCUACAAGAACUUGGAACUUGAAUUGCUCUUGUUUAAUUACUACAGCAGAGCAUAUCUGCUUAUGUUGUAUCUUGGCAAGAGCCACCAUGUAGAUCUUAAUAGGUACUGCACAGUGUGCACUUCGCUUCCUUGAUUUACAUUCAGAAUGCUUUCUGUAGUGGGUUUAAUGGCACCUUAUUGUUGUUUAAACAGGAAUCUUUUGAUUGUCCUUUGGAUAGGUCUUGUCAAUUUUAGAGCAUCUACAGUCAUAAACCAUUCAAGAUUUGACUCUUAAAAUGUUUUUAUAGGACCUUCUGGACAUUUCUGUCCAUAUUUGAUAACACCAAAAAAGUGUUCUCUUGGUCUCCUAUGCUUCUAAUGAUGAAAGAUUUUCCCCCAACCGAAACAAAAACAUUCCAAGAAUAUUUUGCUGCUUUUCUUUUUCUUCUGAGAUAAGAAAAACUUGGGACUUGAUUAAGAGAGUGGUGAGAGCCAGCUAAUCGAGAAAGAUUCUGAGUUCCACCUUAGCUGGCAUUGGCAAUGCACCACCUUAGCUGGCAUUGGCAAUGCAAUCUAGCAGAAGAUGCUGGUGCAUAAAUAACUUUAUUGCAACGACCUUUUAGAUGGUUUUAAAAGUUUUUUUGAAUAAUAUGAGAGCAAGCUUCUAAUCAAGUCUUGCAUAAACUAGCUACGCCUGUAGAAAUUAGUACAUAGUUUUCUUUGCGUUAAAUAGCCAUCAGAAUUGCUGCCAAUUUGCUCGCAUCACCUUCAUUGCAAAAGUUGAAAGCUCCUAAGGAUAAGCAUAAUACUGUCUUUUGAAAUGGAGAGAACCAAAAAAAAAAAAAAAAAGAACUAAAAAAAUCAAGGAAUUGAGUUCAAUUGCUUGAUCAUAUGCAGCAGAAAUCGGCAGCUGAACCAUUAACAAGCAACAACCAUGGUGCAUAGAUAAGUAAUUUGAUACAUGGAAAUUGUAUCUCAAAAUAACAUUUAAAGAAUUGUGUUUAUGAAGAUUCUAUAAUCGUUCUAGACAUUGAAAAAUAGAAGUUUUAAUAAGGCGUAACAUUUAUGAUAGCUGACGUGGGGAAUAUUUGAUCUUAAAAUGCCCCUUAUAGCGAGGGAAAUCUUGAUUCCGAAAUUUCACAAUAAAAAACAGAGAAAAUUAUGAUAAUGAAAAAUCCUGACCAUCUCUGGAUCUGAAGAUUUAUCGUUAGACAUUAACUUGAAGGAGUCGUUGCCAAUUUUUUUUUAUCUAGGUACGAUUGGUCACCUAAAGAAUCUAUCAUUUUAAGAAACAUCUAAGCUUAAGGGUUCCUAAAAAGAAUAGGUUCAGGUCUACUAACCAAAACAGGAUUCGGGAGUACGGUUACCUAUGAGAAAGGUUGUAGCACCCUCACAAUAUCCAUCGAAAGAUG